AUGGCCACACGCACCGCGACCGUCCCUCGAUGGGUUCAGCAACUCCAGUCGCCCCCGGCCGCCAAGUCCAAGGCCCCCGGCAUCGUUGACCCUCCCGGUUUCUCUGGCUCUGGUGGCAGCAAGAAGCAAAAGGACUCCAAGAUCGCGCCACGAAAGCCCCCAACACACGACGAGAUGGACACGCUCAAGGUCAAGAAGGCUUGGGAGGUCGCGCUGGCUCCCGUCAAGGCUCUGCCCAUGACUUUUAUCAUGAUGUACAUGUCCGGCAACUCGCUGCAAAUAUUCAGCAUCAUGAUGGUCUUUAUGGCCUUCAAGAACCCCGUCAUGGGCCUCGCCAACACCAACCAGGCCUUUGAGCGCUUCCAGACCGAGACCAACUCUGGCAAGAUUCUUCAGACAAAGUUUGUGUACGUGGUUAUGCAGCUCGUGGCGUUGGCUGUGGGUAUCUGGAAAAUAAACGGAAUGGGUCUUUUGCCAACAACACGCUCAGAUUGGUUGAUGUGGGAGUCCCAAAGGGAGGCCGUGGAACACGCCAUUCCAGCUUUAUAA